GCUCUCAAAAUGGAGUGGACAGAAUGCCUAUGACCAAUGGCAUUGGAGAUGAGAGACCCCAGGUCAAUAACAUUCAUCGUGAGAGCAAAAGUAAGGAGAAUGGGGAUGCCAGCAAGGACAAGCACAGGGAAAAGGACAAACAGAGAGAAAAGGACAAGCAUAGAGAGAAAGAUAAACACAGAGAGAAGGACAAGCACAGGGAUAAGGAUAAACCCAGGGAUAAGGAUAAGGACAAACACAGGGACAAGGAUAAAGAAAAACACAGGGACAAGGACAAACAUAGUAGCUCCUCUAGUAAGGACAAGCAUAAAGAGGGGAGCAGUUCAAGCUCGUCCAAACACGGCUCAUCUUCAUCCUCAUCCAAACCUAAAGAUGGCAGUUCUAGUUCAUCAAAACCCAAGGAAGGAAGCUCUUCAAGUUCUUCUAAACCAAAGGACCCCACUAAGCCUUCAAGUUCAUCAUCCUCUAGUUCAUCUAAAGACAAGCAUAGUAGCUCAUCCCAUGAUAGGCUGAAAGAACAUUCCAGCAGUUCGAGUUCAAAGUCUAAAGAUGACGCUGGAUCCAGUGAAAGCAAGAAUAAAGACAAGAUGAAAGAAAAGCAUAGAGAUAAAGAAAACAGGGACAAAGACAAACACAAAAGUUCCUCUUCUCACUCUGCAGAGAAGAAGGACGUUUUUAUAAAGAAAGAACCUGAAAGUGGAGAUGCACCAAAGGUGGAGCCACUGUCACCCUCGAAGAUCAAGAAAGAACCCUCGACUUCUCAGGUGAAGGUCGAGGACAGCGAUGAUGAUAUGCCUCUGUCCUCAAGGAAAGAAUUAGUGAAAAAAGAGUCUCCUGUGAAAAAAGACAAACGACCCCUACCAGAGUCUGACGACGACGAUGAGCCAUUGUCUUCAAGGAUGGACAAAGUCAAGAAAGUGAAGAAGGAGGAGAAGAAAGCCGUCAAGAGGAAAGCUGAUGAUUCUGAAGAUGAUAUGCCUUUGGCCAAGAGGAAAAAAGAUGCUAAAGACAAGAAGAAAACGAAAACCAAGACGAAACCUGGUGUGGAGACUACACCAAAAAAGAAAAAGAAGGAGGAAGAAAAUGUACAGACUUGGAAGUGGUGGGAGGAGGAAAAGCGCGAUGAUGGCGUCAAGUGGAAAUUUCUGGAACACAAAGGACCUGUAUUUGCUCCCAAGUAUGAGAGAGUGCCAGAUAGUGUUAACUUUUACUACAAUGGUAAAAAGAUGAAAUUGAGUGAGGAAGCAGAAGAAGUGGCAGGAUUCUAUGGCAGGAUGCUGGACCAUGACUACACAACCAAAGAAAUAUUUAAUAAGAAUUUCUUUAAGGACUGGAGGAAGGUAAUGACUUCAGAGGAAAGGCCUAUUAUUACUGACCUGAAAAAAUGCAACUUCAAGGAAUUUGAUGCAUAUUACAAGAUGAAAUCAGAAGAGAGGAAGAAUAUGUCCAAAGAACAGAAAAAUAAAAUCAAAGAAGAAAAUGCUAAGCUUCAAGAAGAAUAUGGCUUCUGCACAAUGGAUGGGUACAGACAGAAGAUUGGCAACUUCAGGAUUGAACCGCCUGGUUUGUUCCGUGGUAGAGGGGAACAUCCAAAACAAGGAAUGCUGAAAAAAAGAAUAAUGCCCGAGGAUGUGACCAUCAACUGUAGCAAAGAUUCAAACAUCCCAGAGCCCCCUGCUGGACACAAAUGGAAGGAGGUCCGCCAUGACAAUACUGUGACAUGGUUGGCAACCUGGACGGAGAAUAUACAGGGACAGAACAAAUAUGUGAUGUUAAACCCCAGCUCCAAGAUUAAGGGAGAAAAAGAUUGGCAGAAAUACGAAACUGCCAGAAAGCUCCACAAGUUGGUAGACAGGAUAAGAGCCAACUACAGGGAGGACUUUAAAUCCAAGGAGAUGAGGAUACGACAAAGAUCUGUAGCUCUCUACUUCAUUGAUAAGCUUGCCUUGAGAGCUGGUAAUGAGAAAGAUGAAGACCAGGCUGAUACCGUGGGCUGUUGUUCACUGCGUGUAGAGCACAUCAAGCUGCACGAGACGGACGGAGGGCAGGAAAACGUUGUUGAGUUUGACUUUCUUGGUAAAGAUUCCAUCCGCUACACCAACAAGGUUGCUGUGGAGAAACGCGUGUUCAAGAACCUGCAGUUGUUCAUGCAGAAUAAGGCUGAUGGAGACGAUCUCUUUGAUAGACUUAAUACAAGCAUUUUAAACAAGCAUCUCCAGGAGCUGAUGGACGGGUUGACAGCCAAGGUGUUCAGGACAUAUAACGCCUCCAGAACUCUGCAAGAACAGCUGGACCUGCUCACUAACGCUGAAGAUCCAAUCGCAGCCAAGCUGUUGGCCUACAAUCGUGCAAACCGUGCCGUAGCCGUGCUGUGCAACCAUCAACGUGCUGCACCCAAGAAUUUUGAUAAACAGAUGGAGAACAUGAAGAGCAAGAUUGAAGCCAAGAAGGACACCAUUAAAGAAGCAAAGAAGGCAGUGAAGGAUGCAAAGAGUGAUUACAAGGCAUCCAAGUCCGAGUCCAAGAAAGGUGUUCUAGAGCGUAAGAAGAAGGCCUUGGCCAGGUUAGAAGAGCAGCUCGUCAAACUGGAGGUACAGUUGACUGACAAGGACGAGAAUAAAGAAAUCGCCCUCGGCACCUCCAAGUUGAACUACCUGGAUCCAAGAAUUUCUGUAGCCUGGUGUAAGAAGUGGGAUGUCCCCAUUGAGAAGGUCUACAACAAAACCCAACGAGAGAAAUUUGCCUGGGCUAUAGACAUGGCAGAGGCUGACUACAAGUUUGUAGAAUAACCACAACCUAGUAUUAGGAGAACUAGCGAAAGGAUCAAGAUUAAAAUCCAGUUUUUAAAGGAAAAAAAUCCAGUAUGGGCAGUUUCUGGUGCACACAUCUGUGUGUCAAAUACAGACAGUUCCUACUUUUUGACUUGUGGAUCAAAUAGUCAAGUAUGGGCAAUUCCUUGCUUCACAACACAGACAGUUGUUGAAGGGACAAUUAUGGUCAGUUUCUGAUGUAACAAUUUGUGUGACUUACCCAUAUAAAACACAUAUAAAAUGAUAUGCGAGGAAGGAAUCAUUUUUAAGUGUGAUAAUGUCAGUACACUUCAAUUUAAUGCAGAGGCUGAAUUUUAACUGUGAAUUUUACAGGGGGAAAAUUGUCUAAGUAUUGCUUUCAAGAUGUAUUCCCUGACAGCAAUGGAUUUCUCUCAUCAUAUACUAUGUCAUGAGCUGUGUAGAUACCUACGCUACUGUGUUCAUCAAAAAGCUGCACCCUAUUUUCAUACCAUGUUGACUGUAAUACCAUUAGAUAUAUACCAUUGUAUGCCAUAUUAUUGGUCAAAUAUUGUUCAUUAUGGGAGCAACAACGUAUGAUGUUGACUUAAUUUCCUUCUCUGUAAAAUAAUGCGAACGAGUGGAUAUUUUGGAGCAUUUUUUAAUAUAAUAUUGGAAUAUUUUACCAUACCUUGCAGUUGAAAGGUCGUAAUGCAAAGUCAACACACUUGAUUUGAAGUAACAUCAGUGAAGGAUAUUAUCACAGGACAGUUUCUGUAACACUCACUAGGUGCGCCACUGUUUGUGUCAAGAGGAACAGAAUAGUGCAUCUUGGUAUAUUUAACGUGUUAGAAAAUUAAAUGCCUGGUAGAGAUGUAAAGAUCUGAGCAUGAUAGAUACAGGUGUGUGAGACAAGAAAGUGAAAUAUGGUGCAUUAUUAUAUCUUAUAGAUGCAUUUUAAUGAAAAAAAAUCCAUUAAGGAAUAUUCAUGCCUAAUUCAAUGCAGUGGCACCUAGUUUGUGCUGCAGUGAGCAAUAGGAAAUUUCAUCGAUAGAGAAGCACUUGUCUUUCCCAAUAUUGUUAUUUAUUUAUACUUGCAAGACAGUUUUGGUGUACAGGCAUUAGUUGACAUUUUCUCAGAUACACCUUCAUUUAUAUUAUUGCAGUACAUGACAUUGUUCCAAUAUUUACAAUUCAUUAUCGCCUGACAGCUGGGCUUUCUGAUGCUCUUAAAAUAUAAAAUAUCAUAGUCAUUUUAGAUUUGAAAAUGGUUUCAGUAUAAAUUAAAGUUUAUAAUGCAAUUUUUAGUUGAAAUUUUUAUGAUAUAAACAACAGAUUGGAAUGUGUAGUGAUAACUAGAAUAAAUGCAUUUUCAUUGCACUAUUUAAUAUUUAUCAAUUUAUAUUGCCUGUAUUCCAGUCAUUGUGACAUUUUGAUCUCACUUAUAAGUUUUUUUCUGAGACGUGCUUGUCCCCCUGAAACAUUAUCCAUUAUGAAUUAUAUUAUGAAGAACUGUAGUAUCAUGAUCUGCAUUAUCUGAAUAAAAGGGGACUUCAUAGA